AGGAGUGCGCGUCCCCGUCAGAUGCAGACUCCCAAACGCAGACGGUCUCCCGAAGCAGCCGGCAGCCUUCACCGCAGCUUGCCGCCAAGAGCACGACCGCGCAGAGAGGAGCCCCACUGAGUCAGACGGACGGGUCCAGCUUGAGCGCGCCCUUCCACGCGAGCGUCCCCCUGCCGUGACCCGAGACCAGAAACCCGGCGAGCGUCCGUUCGUUUUCCCAGACGACCCUUGAAACGUCUCCCCAAUCUUCCUUACCUGCACCAACUCACCUCGUGCUGUGUUAUCUCUCGUCCGCUAAAGAGCCCGGCAAAAGCAGUAUGGCCGAAGGCAUCAAGGCAGGCAGCAAGGGCAGUGCCAACUUCAUGCGCCAGUUCAGGGACAAGAAGACUAGGGAGCUCAAGAACCUGACGGCCAGCCAGUUCAUGGACGUCUGGAGCCACUACGACAAGGACGGAAACGGAUUCAUCGAAGGUCGAGAAUUGGACAACUUCCUCCGGGAAUUCGUGUCCAGCGUCAGCCUGUCUGAUGUAGGUCCGGAGGUCGUGUCAGAGUCGAUGCUGGAGGAGCUCAAGGAGUGCUUCAUGGAAGCUUACGACGACAAUAAGGAUGGCAAGAUCGAAAUCCGCGAGUUAGCCCAGCUGUUGCCCCUCGAAGAGAGCUUCCUUCUCCUCUUCCGUUUCGACAACCCGUUGGAGUCAAGCGUCGAGUUCAUGAAGAUCUGGCGCGAAUAUGACACGGACGGCAGCGGAUAUAUUGAAGCAGACGAACUGAAAAAUUUCCUCAAGGACCUGCUCCGUGAAGCCAAGAAAGACAGCAUCGAAGAAGACAAGCUUAUCGAAUACACCGACACUCUGCUACAGAUAUUCGACAGCAAUAAAGAUGGGAAGUUACAGCUCAGUGAGAUGGCCAAACUGCUUCCGGUCAAGGAAAACUUUCUCUGUCGUUCAGCCUUUAAGGGCGCAAGCAAGUUAACAAGGGAGGACAUCGAGCGAGUUUUCGCACUCUAUGAUCGGGACAAGAACGGCACGAUUGAAAACGAGGAGCUCAAAGGAUUUCUCAAAGAUCUACUGGAACUUGUCAAAAAGGACUACGAUGCCCAGGACUUGGAGGAGUUCCAAGAGGCCAUACUGCGAGGCUGCGACUUUAACAAGGACGGCAAGAUUAGCAAGAAGGAGCUCACCAUGGUGUUGUUGGCCCUAGCCAAGCACUCUGCCGACGAGGAUGGCAAAUAAGCAGGGCCAGUGCUCGGAGCAUGUGACAAGCCAUUUCUACUUCGCAUCCAAUACUUUACAACCAACUUACUAUAGCCUCAAGAGUUCCUUUCCUCGUCAUCUACUCUCUGACCCAAACCUUUCUGCUACAAUCAUGACCCGAAUGCGGGGAAACAGCUCCGAGGCUGGGAGAUGCCGUGCUACGUCAACCAAAUAAAAAAUCUGGGGGCGUGAACACAGAGUAAAUACAAAGUCCACCUUCACAGUGUAGACACCUCUAUGAUAACUUCAGAAACUCUGCAUUCCGAUCAAUGAUCCCUUCUAUUCUACAACCCAUACUAGUCUGAUGAAAAGAUUCUGCUACUCUGCAGCAAAGACGCCAGGGUCCUGGGAAGAGCCUACUGAAGGACAAUGGCAGAGAUCCUUUGAUUGCAUGUACUUCUAAUACUCUAACCUGUAUGGAACCUCUAAACGACCAAGGCACAAUCCUAACCACAGUCCAGUGUUAGGAAAACUACACUUUGUUGCUUGAAAUUCCCUAAGGUAGUGUUAGUUGACCCACACAGAACUACUAAGCUGAAAGUAUAUGACUCAAAACCAGACCAAAAAGAGAACACUGCUUGAUCCUCCAGUUCAUGUUACUGUCGCAUUCUAUAGAUAUUGCCUCGCUCCAAAACAUAUUUUCAUUAACUUCAGUGUUUGGGUUUAGGUGUUAGAUGUUACCCAGUUACUUUCUCAUGCAGAUACACCCGGACAGACACGAAAUCAUAACUUGUUAGGAUGUGACGCUCUCUACAUACUAGUAAACAAAAACGGUAUUAUUUGCAGUCGAGUUCAACAAACUGCCCUGUUUCACCCUUCACCCAACUGUGAUUUAUUUUUCUCUGGAUGUCGCUGUCAACUGCACUGAAGUGAUAUUCAUUGGGGAAAAAAAGCAUUACUACACUGCACACCAAAUGUGGAUAUAAUCCCAAGAAUGCCAACUUUUCAGAGUAUGUAGAAAAGAGCUCGAAGACUAAAUAUUCCAAAUACAGUUGUUGCCACUAUGUUUUGUAUGUUUAUCAUGGUUACUCCUAAGCAUAUAUCCAGUAGAAAUUACCUAGUUGUUGCAGGUGGUCAAAACUGUACCAAACAACUUGAAAGGGAAAUACAAAAAUACACUCACUACUUGAUAUAAGUAAAAAUAUUCAUUUAAAACUUCUACAAAACGAAUGUGGGUCAUUUAACAUCAGAAUUAAGCUACUAAUUUUUCUCAGAAACACCCACUCAAAAAGUCUAUUUUUACCAUACAAUGUGGUAUACCAUUGAUGGUAUUUAAUGCCAUCAUUUGCCCAUAUUAUCGAUCUAUAAACAUUCAUAUACUGGAAGCAAAUAUUAACUAGCUGAAAAUUGUUUUGCUAUUACUGCUAUACUCAACUAAAACUGCUUCGAAUGUUUUUGCUAAAUGAAGCAUACAGCUAUGGAACAGCUAAUUCUAUAAAUAUUAAUUAGCUUUGUAAUAUUGCAUAAUACAUUUUAGGUAUACCUGGUAUUGUAUUUGCCCUACAGAAGUUCAGAAACUAUAGAGCAAUGAUAUCUUCAAAAACUGUAGAACAAUGGUAUAUUACUAACACCAUCUUAAUGCAGACCCCCCACUGUCUAAAUCUUCGUACAACAAAUUAAAUUCGUAAUUAACACACAACUGGUGCAGAAACUGAACUUUCAUGUCAUUUCAAACGAGUGGCUUCCUCGGCAAUAUUUCAGACUCCUAUGUGCUAAACUAAAGAAUAACCCACGUCUAAACUGUCUUGCUGUUGGGUAUGUUUCAAUGUACACCAUAUUAUUGCUUAAUAGCUCACUGCUGUGGCUAUAUCUUGUUUUCCCAUUUCUACAGGAAAUGUUGUUGGCCUUCAGAUGUGUUGAAGCAGCUGUAAAAGCUCAUAUCAGCAAACACAAAAAAAGAACAAUAAAAGAUGGAAUUAUGCCCGUUAAACUGUGUUGCUUUUUAUGCACUGGAAAACUUGGAUACCAUACUGCCUUUUUGAUAUAUAUGCAAAAAUAAAAUAAGCUCACAAAAGGCUGUCAACAAGACACCAUAAAAACAUAGAAAAUGCUUUUUCGAGCAGGUUGGAAAAAUGUUGCUUUGUUUCCCACCAUUAAUACUGUGACAAAAAUUAAGCAAAAAAAUAUUUCUAUCCCAGAAUUGCGCAUUGAUGCCUAUUAACUAAACAAUCUGUCAAC